CAGCUGGGCUCGCGCAGGACACGCCCCUUUGGCUGAAUGGAUUUGCGCCGUGCGUAAAGUCCGACCCGCACACGAUCUAAACUGUUUGUUUUAUUUUUUAUCAAAACAAGUAUCUAAUUAACGUCAUCGAUUCGGCCUGGAGUCGACUAAAUGUGGCGAUGACGCGAGAGGAAGAUCUGAUCCGGAUCGCGAAAAAACUAGACAAGAUGGUGUCUGGAAAUAACACGGAGGGAGCCAUGGAUCUACUGAAGGAACUGAAGAAUUUCAACAUGACACUUAAACUUCUUCAGGAAACCAGGAUUGGCAUGUCUGUGAAUGGGAUCAGAAAGCACUGCACGGACGAGGAAGUUAUCGCUUUGGCAAAGGUCCUCAUCAAAGACUGGAAGAGACUUCUGGAGUCUGGGUGUUCUCACUCCCAAAAAGCCACUGAAAUGAAGAACGGUUUGGACUGCAGCAGGAAAGCAACAUCUCCAAACAAUUCACCUUCUGACACACAGAGCAGGAGGCUGGAUGCCAAACCCAAAUGUGGCUUAGAUCCCGAGAAAACAUAUUGGGAUGUAAACAGGAAUGAAAAAUCUAAUGAGGAGCCCCAAAGCAAAAGGAGACACAGAGAUGACCCCAGAGAUGAAAAACCUCCAGAGGCCCCACAAAACAAAGACCAUGCACAAGAAAUCAGGAAGGAGAAACAUUUCGAAGAUUCCAAAAAAUCACCAGCUGGAGAAGAUCUGCAAGAAGAAGCAGAUAACAAGAAACAGAAGCAUGUGCAGGAGGCGAAAAAUGAAAAACGAAAGUUGGAUGCAAGAAGAGAAAGAUCAUUGGAAGAGCUGAAAAAGGUGCAACACGUGGAAGAGCUUAAAAAGUUGAAACAUCCCGAGGAGGCCAAGAAGCAAACGUCCAUGGAGGACACGAGGAAGGACAAACACAGGGAAGAAGGGAGGAACGAAAGGCUGGCAAACAUCACGCAAAGAGGGUGUGAAGCUCAGAGGGAGAAACCUGCUGGAAUUCACAAACCGCUGUUUGAAAGGAGAGGAGUGUUGGACAGCAGUAUUCUCUACCCCACCCGCUUCCCCUCCCCUCCUCGACCUGCUCGCCCCCCUCUCCCGACCAAACGCCCCCCUGUGAGCCAGAAAAAAGAAAGGAAGGAUGAUAAAGACUCUUUCUCCCACCAUCCUUCUCCACAUCAGUCCACCUCUCCAGCAGUGAAGCAACCUUUACCGGAACUGAAGAAAGAGAGGAAACUUCCACCAGACCCAGUUGCUCCUCUUCUUUACCUUCAUCCUCCUCCCCCAAGAAAGGAGCCUCCUGAUCCAAACGCUCCUCUUCCUCCACUCCCUCUUCACCUCCAUCCCCCUCCUCCUCCAAAGCGUACCUCACUGGACGGGAAACGGGAAAGGAAGGAGUCAUCAGAAUCUAACCCUUCUCAGAAGAUGACAGAUCACACAAAGAAAGAAAGGAAAGACUCAUCAGAUGGCAAAGUUUCUAAAAAACACUUGCUGGAAGCCAAAAAAGAAAGGAACGAUUCGCCUGAAUCCAAACUCUCACCUUCCAAAAAGCCCAGUUUGGAUGUGAGGAAAGAAAAAAGCAGGAAAGACCCCUGCGAGUCAAAGUCUGGUGAGCCGGUGAAUCGUCACUCAGCUGAUUCCAAACGACGAGAAUCUACUGAUUCAAAGAAAAGCAUCUCACCCCCCGCCAAGAAGCUCACCGAUGAAAGGAGAGAUUCUCACAGCUCUAAGAGUGUUCAGCCUUCAGCUCUGCAGAGGAAGCUCUCAACCGAGAGCGUGGAAAGAAAGGUUAAAAGUGAAGCCCCUAAAACCCCCACCACUCCAACCAGCCCCAUGUCCCCCACAUUCAGUCCCUCCAGUGGUCCCCUGUCCCCUCACCUGUCCACAGGAGACUCCAUCAGGGACAAGUGCAUUGAGAUGCUGGCUGCUGCGCUGCGCACAGACAAUGACUAUAAAGAAUUUGGAGCCAACUGUGAUGGGAUGGCUGCAGAGAUCGAAGAUUAUAUCUACCAGGAAAUCAAAGCCACGGACAUGAAAUAUAAAAAUAGAGUCCGAAGUCGCAUCAGCAACCUGAAGGACCCCAAGAACCCCGGGCUUCGCAGAAACGUGCUUGCUGGAAGCAUCGACUUGAGCCGCAUCGCCUCUAUGACCGCAGAGGAAAUGGCGAGCGAUGAGCUGAAACAGCUGAGGAAUGUUCUCACGCAGGAGGCCAUCAGGGAACAUCAGAUGGCCAAAACGGGCGGCACCACCACCGACCUGCUGCAGUGCAGCAAGUGCAAGAAGAAGAACUGCACCUACAAUCAGGUGCAGACUCGCAGUGCUGAUGAGCCAAUGACGACAUUUGUCCUGUGCAAUGAGUGCGGUAACCGCUGGAAAUUCUGCUAAAGACUUCCAGGUGAAACAGUAUUUUGACCUGAAUAUUUUCUAUAAUUGGGGGUGGGCUUUAUAAAUUAUUGCAGUUUGUGAUUUCAAAAAAUAAUACUAUUAAAUUUUUACUUGAAGAAGUUUGCUAUUGCAUGCCAAUAGUCAGGAUUUGCUUUUUAAGGUUUGAAAGUAAAGAUGAGUUUGACUGAAUAAUUCAAAUUAACCCAGCUGGAAAAUGAUUUAAUAUGAUAUUGGAGUUCUCGUGAUGGAAAGAUUUCAGUCAUGUGAAUGUAUCAUAUUACAGCUGUGUGUGUAUAUAUGUAUCUAAUGCUAAUAAAACUGAAUAAAUCUUCACUGUCAGCUUAAACAAAACAUAUGUCAGAAAUAAAAGCAUUUCUUGACGGUCUGAUUAUUCAGUAUAA